GUGAAGUUGAUGUAUACGUAGAACGGUUUUUGGUACGUAUGGGGCCAUUGUAGUGUCUAUAAAGGUAACACGAAGCAACUGUUACAGGAAGAACAGCACAGACACAGUACCAAAGAUGAGUUCAGCAGAUCUCCUACUUCUGCUCAGGGCGAGGCUCAGACAAAUCAACCAUUUCCUCCUGCACGAGUUGAAGACGGAGGAACGAAUACGGCGACGGUAUGCAACGGUGCUUCGGUACUUGAACAUAAGCCCACACGCCAAACCCGUGUGGCUGUUUAUUUUGACAAUGUUGGUCAUUGUGGGGUCAGUAUCCUCGUAUCAUUUUGUGCGUUUGUUUUCUCUUCUGAAGCCAAAGUACAAGCACUAUUUCCAGAAGCACCCGAACCUCUCCAACUCUUUUUUGAACAUCAAAGGCGCCCUGGAUAUUCGCAGCUUUACGUCCAGCAACACCGGCACGAGAGUGAUCCACGUUCCUUACAAGAACAAGUUCAUUGAUGUAAAGUUGAAAACGCCCAAUGCUGAUAAGUACGAGCGUGACAAGUUGAUUUUCAAAAAGUUCAUGAGAGAGCAUGAAUUUAACAUGUCUAAGUCUAGCACCCCUACCCUCCCUCAUCGGUACCAGCCAGCAAUGAGGUUUCAAUUCUUUGAGAAAAUCUCGAUCAUCUGGAACUUAAUUCUCAUUCCAAAAGUCUUUGACAAGAACUCAUAUUUGUUGGCCUCGCACAUCGCCUUCUUGAUUGCCAGAACGUGGUUGACCUUACUUGUGACAAAGUUGGACGGACAGAUCACAAAAGACCUAAUGAGCUUCAACAUCAAAUACUUUAUGAGGGACAUGAUAUACUGGUUCUUGUUUGCGGUCCCCGCCUCCUACAUUAACUCCAGCAUCAAGUAUCUCACUAGAAGGAUAUCGUUGAAUUUCAGAACAAACUUGGUCAGGUACUGCCAUGAUCUUUACAUGGACUCCAAGUUGGUCUAUUAUAAGCUGCAGUAUAACAACAACUCGAUAGAAGAGUAUAAACUUAACCAUCAGACAUUCAAUCAGUACGUUACAGAGGACAUCAAAAGAUUCUGUGAUUCCUUGACGAACUUAUUCACUAACGUGGGUAAACCAACCGUGGACUUGAUCUUCUUUGCAAUUUAUUUGCGUGAUAACAUUGGCAACUUGGGGAUCUUCGGCAUAUUGUUGAACUACUUUGUUACAGGAUUGAUAUUGAAAAACUACUCCCCGGAUUUUAGUAAGAUCUGGAAAGUCAGAAGCUUUUUUGAGAGUAUCUACUACAAUUACAAUCUCAACCUCAUCAACAACUGUGAAGAGAUCUCUUUUUACAAAGGCAUUGGUUUUGAAAGGUUGAAAGUGGAAGAGAUCUUUAACAAGUUGAUCUCGCAUUUGAAUUUUGAGAUUAACCAAAGGUUUAGAUUCCAAUUAUUGGAAGAUUACAUUUUAAAAUCAAUCUGGCCAGCCUUUGGGUAUUUCUUUGCAAGUUUACCAAUCUUAUUUGAUUCACUAUCUUCCCCAGUAGAGUCUUUGGCUUCAUCCAAUAUCAAGUCAUUUACCGUUAACAAGAGGCUCAUUCUUAGUAUGGCAGAUGCUGGUUCACGUUUGAUGUAUUCCAUCAAAGACAUUUCAAGGUUAAAUGGUUUAACAGAUCGUAUAUUCACUCUUUUAGUCAAUUUACAUCAAGUACAUGACUCAAACUUCAAGUAUGGAGGUAUGAUUGGUAGUGGCAGCGCAAAUAGUUUUGAAAACGGUACCAUUCAAAAGAACUUCCCCGGAUUAAGAUUUGAGCACAUCGACAUAAUCCCUCCUUCAAUUAAAGGUCCAUUUGCCAAACCAAUUUUGAAAAACUUGAACUUCAAGAUUUUGCAAGGGGAGAACUUGAUUAUCCAUGGCAAGAACGGUUGUGGAAAAACAUCAAUUAUUAGAAUUAUCUGUGAGUUAUGGCCUUUAUUUAAUAACGGUUUGUUGAGUAAACCGGCAAACUCGGAUAUUUUGUAUGUCAGCCAGAAACAGUAUUUUGUGAAUGGCUCUUUAAGAGAUCAAGUUAUUUACCCACUGAACUGGAAAAUGUGUAUUGAGAAAGGUGACGAUGAUUCAAAGAUAAAAAGUAUAUUGAAGGAUGUUGGUUUGGAUUACUUAGUGGAUAGGUUUGGUUUAGAUGUUGAUGGCAAAACUGAUUGGGAUAGUUUGUUGAGCGGAGGUGAAAGACAAAAGCUUAUUUUUGCAAGAGUGCUUUAUCAUAAUAAAAAGUUGGUUGUUUUGGAUGAGCCAACCAGUGCAAUUAGUUAUGAUUAUGAAGACAUUCUCUUUGAUUUAUUAAAAACACGUGGGUUUACAUUGAUCACUAUCAGUAACAGAGAGAGCUUAAUAAAGUACCAUGACUAUAUCUUGGAACUAGAAAAGGAUGAUGUCGAAGAUAGUGAUGGCAUUUUUUCGAAAAUCGAUGAGGACUAUUUAAGCAAGUUUGAAACUUUGGAUGGAGAAAUUGAGUAUUUACAAAACGAAAUCAGUAAGAUAAAUGAAAUGAAAAAGAGGAAGCUAGAAUUGGUGGAUUUAUUAGAAGGUUAUGAAUAG